CGCAGAGGCUCGGCCCCGCGGGCGGGCGGCAGGAAGCGAGGCGACGCCCCCUGGAGCGCGGCAGGAACCCGGCCGGGCCCGCCUCCCCGCCAGCAGAGCCCAGCCGCGCCGGCCCCAGCGGUGAUGAAAGCCGCGGCCCAGUCCAGGUCACGCCGAAGCCGUUGCCCUUUUAAGGGGGAGCCUUGAAACAGCGCCCGGGUUCCAUGUUUGCAUCCGCCUCGCGGGGAGGAAACUCCAUGUUGUAACAAAGUUUCCUCCGCGCCCCCUCCCUCCCCCUCCCCCUUAGAACCUGGCUCCCCUCCCCUCCGAAGCUCGCGGGGAUCCCUCCCUCCCACCCCUCCCCUCCCCCCCGCGCCCCGAUUCCGGCCCGAGCCGGGGGGGAGGCCGGGCGCCCGGGCCAGAGUCCGGCCGGAGCGGAGCGCGCCCGGCCCCAUGGACAGCUCGGCCGUCAUUACUCAGAUCACCAAGGAGGAGGCGCGGGGCCCGCUACGGGGCAAAGGUGACCAGAAGUCAGCAGCUUCUCAGAAGCCCCGGAGUCGGGGCAUCCUCCAUUCGCUUUUCUGCUGCGUCUGCCGGGACGAUGGGGAGGCCCUGCCUGCGCACAGUGGGGCCCCACUGCUGGUGGAGGAGAACGGAGCUGUCCCCAAGCAGACCCCAGUCCAGUACCUGCUCCCAGAGGCCAAGGCCCAGGACGCGGACAAGAUCUGUGUGGUCAUCGACCUGGACGAGACCCUGGUGCACAGCUCCUUCAAGCCUGUGAACAACGCCGACUUCAUCAUCCCUGUGGAGAUUGAUGGGGUGGUCCACCAGGUCUACGUGCUGAAGAGGCCCCACGUGGAUGAGUUCCUGCAGCGAAUGGGCGAGCUCUUUGAGUGUGUGCUGUUCACCGCCAGCCUUGCCAAGUAUGCAGAUCCAGUGGCCGAUCUGCUGGACAAGUGGGGGGCCUUCCGGGCGCGGCUGUUUCGCGAGUCCUGCGUCUUCCACCGAGGGAACUACGUCAAGGACCUGAGCCGGCUGGGCCGAGACCUGCGGCGGGUGCUCAUCCUCGACAACUCGCCCGCCUCCUAUGUCUUCCAUCCAGACAACGCCGUACCGGUGGCCUCCUGGUUUGACAACAUGAGUGACACUGAGCUCCACGACCUCCUGCCUUUCUUUGAGCAGCUCAGCCGAGUGGAUGACGUGUACUCAGUGCUCAGGCAGCCACGGCCCGGCAGCUAGUGAGGUGCCCGGGGGCCAGGACCUGCCCCUGACCGACGCCCACACCCCUCACCCGUGGACUUUUCCUGAAGAAUCCUGAGCGGCCACUACGGCCGCCACCUCAGCGUCACGGGGAAGUGGGCCCUCCCCAACUGUCCAGCCUGGCUGCGAAGGGGACAGCCGGCCACACGGAGGCUGAUGAGCCUCUGGGCCCCUGUGUCUGUGCCUUAGUGCCUUAGAACCUCCUCCUUGGGGGACCUGUGGGGUCCUGUGGGGUCCUGUGUGCCGCUUCCCCCUUUUGUCUUCUCUCUUUGCUGCCAUGUUUCUUUGCUGCCAAAUUGGGCCCCUUGGCCCUUUCUGGUUCUACUUGGGGGAGGGGCAGGCUUCCUGCUGCCCUGCACCUCGGGGGGCCCCCCAGCCUGGGAAUGGUGGACACCCAAGUGCCUUGCGUAGAGCCCCUGUCCCUGCCCUGGGUUCCCAGGGCCGCAGUCAGUGGGCUCUUGCCUGGAACAGUCUCCAAGUGGCUGCAGUCUAGGCUGGUGGGAGAGGACGCAGUCUCCCCACCUCCUCCCUUGGGAUCGAUAGAGCCCCCCCAUCUCUGCCUCCAGGGCAGGGAGGGGAGAAAAUCUGUUACCACUUGUGAAGGGAACCGGGUGUGUCCUCUGGGACCAGAGUCCAGCCUCUCUAGGCUCAUCAGCUGCCAAAGGCUGCUCCCCACACCAAGCCCUGACCCCUCACAUCUGCCUUGACCACCCCCAAGGCCCUUGGGGCUUGGCUCCCCAGCUCCUCGUGGGGGCAGAGGCAGGACCCCUUUGUGGUGCCAUAUAAAUAUGUAUAUGUGUAUAUAGAUGUUUAGGGAAAGGGGAGAGGGAAGAGCCGGGGUAGAGACACCCCCCCCUUCACCCCUUUUCUAGACCCAUAAAUUGCGGGGAGGGAGGGAAAGGAUUUUUACAUUUUUUAAACUGCUAUUUUCUGAAUGAAACAGGCUGGGCCAAGGGGCCCCAGGCCCUGUCUUCUAUUCCUCACACCCUCUUUGCUCCAAUUUAUUCAUUAAUUCAAAACACAUCAGCACCUUCUCUGUGCCCAGCACUGUGCUAGGCCCACCAGCUGAGUGUGUGUGGGGGGGUCUCUGCACCCCAUCGGUGCCUCCCCCACCCACUCCAUUCACCGGUGCCUUUAGAGGAGCUGUAGGAGGUGGGACCCUUCUUGUGGGGUUUGGGGGUCUCCAGGAAGCCUGGCCAAGCUGGCCCCCCUCCACUGUGCCAACCCACCCCUGUCGACUCCGUCCCCUGCCUCACCCCCUGCUGGCUGGGGGCAGCUCCCAAGACCUCCUGCCUUCCAGCUCUGACUUCUGUAUCUGGAACCCGUUCCCCAAAUGCUGAGUUUGGAGAUCAAGGCCUUGGGCUCUGCCCACGGCCUAACGGUUAAGGGGACCCACGUACCAGUGCCAAGGGGGAUGUCAAACGGAGAUCUCCUUGCCCCUCCACCUCAGAGAACUGGGGGCGGGCGGGAGGGAGGACAAGGUUGGCCGGAAUCGGUGACCUUCCCGUAGAAGUGCCUUCUCUGUGACUGAGUGCCCCACGGUAUGACGGGAACUAAAGAGAAAGCCAGAACCCCA